AUGGCAAAAAAAUGGCCAUUCACUGAAAAAUCAGAAUUUAUUGCUCCUAUACAUCCCGAAAUUUACAGACUGGCAGCCGUAUUGUGGGCAAGCGGCAGCCUUGGCGGUAGAAACCGGACCGGCAGCUCGAUGGGCCUGCUCAACGUGACGGCGGCCGCCACGAUCGGUCGGGCGGUACGAGGCGCGGGCUUGAACGACGUGGUGUUGCGCAACAUAACCAUGGUACUGGAGAACCUGCUGAUGAACUACGAGAACAGCCAACUGCCCACUCACGGACAGGGAGUGCCAACAGUAGUCAAGACAAACAUUUACAUACGCAGCAUGGGACCCAUCUCGGAGCUCGACAUGGACUACUCGAUGGACUGCUACUUCCGUCAGUCGUGGCGCGACUCGCGUCUCAGCUUCCUGGGUCCGAUAAAGUCGCUCAGCCUGAGCAUCAAGAUGCUCGAGAGGAUCUGGCGGCCCGACACUUACUUUUACAACGGCAAGCAUAGCUACGUCCACACCAUUACCGUGCCCAACAAAUUGCUGCGCAUCACUCAGGAAGGCGACAUCCUCUACUCUAUGAGACUGACCAUCAAGGCGAAGUGCACGAUGGACCUGAGGAAUUUCCCGAUGGACCGGCAAUCUUGUCCCCUGAUUCUCGGAAGCUACGCGUACACAUCCGGCCAGCUGGUGUACGAGUGGCAGGACAACUCGAGCGUUAACUUUGUUCCAGGCAUGGCCCUGUCCCAGUUCGAUCUCAUGGGCUACCCGUAUCGCAAUCUCACUUUCGUCAGACGCGACGGUGAGUUCUCGGUGCUCCAGGUCUCCUUUAAUCUGCAACGACACACCGGGUAUUUCCUGAUUCAAGUAUACGUCCCCUGCGUCCUUAUCGUGGUGCUGAGCUGGGUGUCCUUUUGGAUUCACCGGGAGGCGACGAGCGACCGCGUCGGCCUGGGCAUCACUACCGUACUGACUCUGUCCACGAUUAGUUUGGACUCGAGGAAGGACCUGCCGAAAGUCAAGUACGCCACGGCCCUCGACUGGUUCCUUCUCAUGAGCUUCGGCUACUGCAUCGCCACCCUUUUGGAGUUUGCUGGUGUGCACUAUUUCACGAAGGUGGGUAGCGGCGAGUUCCCGAUCGAGGAGGAGUUCAUGGAAAACGAGGAGGAGGAGGAGGAGGAGGACGACACCGAGUGGGAGGACAUCGGCUCGAGUGGCGGUGGCGUCGACUCGGACAAGGACGAGUACUUCGGCCGGCCCGUGGCUUCUGUCUGCUCGCACCACCACCACCACCACCAUCGCCAUCACCAGCAACAGCAGCUACUACAAUCGCCGGACAACAGCGGCGUCACGACGACGACAGCAACCUCCAGGCGACGCGGCUCUUCCCUUUUCUGCGCUCUCUACAACGAUCAAGUGCACAGCCUGCCGGACAACAGGUGCUCGAUGGCCAUUGCGUUGGGCAGCAAGCCCUCGACGAUGGAGAGACAGACGCAGACCGAGCUCUGGUUGCCCAAGUGGCGGCAGUUCUUUUACUGCCUCGUGGGUGACAUGGCUUUCAGAAAACGUCGGCAGCGCGAGGCCGCGGACGGCUGUCGCAAGCACGGCGAGAGGAUCGAGAGGUACAUAAACAGCGUCUCGCACAUCGACAGGGCGGCCCGGGUCGUGUUUCCGGCCUCGUUCACCCUUCUCAUAGUCCUCUACUGGAUGGUCUACGUCACCUACCAGGAGGAAUUCAAGUGGCAGGACCCCCCGAUGGGCUCGGCGUCCCAUUGAUGAUUGGUGCAGAUGCACGCCAGAGUGUCGAUUUGUACUAUUGUUCAGUGAUGAUGAAAAAAAAAAUAACUCUGUUAA